AGGGUAUUUUUGACCCUUUGCCAAAUAAAAAUGUAUGAAGCCCUAAAACUCUUUCGAACAUAACAUGGCAGUUUGUUUCAUAGUUAAAGCUUCAAUCCAGCUUCAUUGUAGAGCCAUUGUCAUCCCUUGGGUGCAAAAGUUCAGUGCCAUAAGCUGCUGCCGGAGCAGAGAUUAUAGCGCUUUUCCAGUUAGGCACAUUCCCAAGAGAUCAAAUGAACACCAAGUGUCAGAAGCUGAUUUGCCAAGGAAACACUUUUUGGACAUAGAAAAGCACAGUUUCUUGGACAGGAAUGUUCAGGAAACUGAAUUUUCUGUUGGUGGAAGGUCUAAGUAUGGAGACAUACCUUUUCAUUCCAAGUCUCAAAAUCAUAAACAAAAGCUUAUAACCAGCCUGGAUGAUGAGGUUGAAUGGGGGAAGGAAGAUGAAGAUAACGAAGAUAUUGUACUUGAACGUGGUAUAGCUGAAACUGAUAAAGCUAAGCAAGAUGCUGAAAGAAUUGCAGUUCAAUUUCUUGCUUCAAGAGCACUUACGGCUGUAGAACUGAAGAAGAAGCUUCUAGGAAGAAAGUUUACACUCAAUGUUGUUAACGGUGUAAUAACAGAUUUCCAUACCAGGGGUUUAAUCAAUGACGGUCUGUAUGCUGAAAUGUUUUCUCGGUCCAGAUGGUCUUCAUCAAGUUGGGGUCCAAGACGAAUCAAGCAAGCCUUAAUCAAGAAGGGUGUAAGCAUAGUGGAUACAGAAAAUGCCAUAAAAAUGGUCUUCAAGAAUGACGAAGCUGGUGAAGAGCAAGAAUCAGGACUUGCUAUGUCAAAACCUUCUAUGGAUCAAUUGUUUGUCCAGGCAUCUAAACAGUGGCUUAAAGGGCAGGGUGUGCCUAGAGAAAAACGUAAAGCAAGGAUUAUUCGUUGGCUUCAGUACCGUGGCUUUGAUUGGAAUGUGGUUAGUUCCAUACUUAAGAAGUUAGAAUCCACCUAUCCUCAAUAGAGUCUCGUUACUCAGUGAAAGAGAUUAUGAUAAUCUGUUAGCUGUUGCCAUAUAUUUGGAUGAGGUAGACAAAAGCAUUGCUUCCUACUGGAUCGGUUAUUCAGUCUAUUUUAGCCAUCUUAAAGACAGUUUGACGUGUUAAGAUCAACAUGGAAGGCGGGUUGUGUUGGCGAUGACUUCAUAUUACAGAAUUCAAAAGUCCUGGAAGUCUUGUUCUGUCAGGAUUGAGCAGUUCCACUAGAAGUAAAUUGUAUGUUGUGCCAUAUUAACCAGCCUGUACAUAAUAAUGCUGCCAUUUUCAGUUUUAUGUUUUGCCCCCAGACUUUGGUCUAGUGGUAAGCACAAACUCUGUUAUAGACGAAAGCUUGGUAUUCAACUGGAGAAGAGUAGAGUAGAGGGGCGAACUCAUUAUCCAUCGAGUUUUGAACUAUGUACUACUAAUCCUUAGGAAUUUCACGGUUAUCGAGAAAGAAUUCCACUUUAUGUUUUCUGCUUGCUUUUCUUAUUGAUAGAAAAUGAUAAAUUUUCAGAUAGUGUGGAACUGUAGACCUCAUCGGUCCAAGGAAUGAUGAUUCACUAAUAGUUUCUUUUUUGUAGCC